AUGGUGAAAAGAGAAAGCUCACAGAGGCAUUCGGCCAUUUUCUCCAAAUACCCAACACAAAGCAGCUCUUUGCAAACUCGGGCGCUCUCGCUUCCUCUCGGCCCGGGCCGCCCGCCGCGCACGCUGGCCGCCCCCACUCGCGGGAGCCGGGCCCCCCACGCCGACCCGCGGGCGCGGCCCCACUCCGGGCAGCGGGGGGCCCGGCCCGCGCCCCCGGCCCCGCGCCCCCGGCCCCCUCCCCGGCCCGCGGGCCCAGGUCCGCCCAGAGGCCGGAAAGUUACCUCCGGCGGCCCGCGCUCCGCCCGGCGCCCGGGCCGGCUCCGCGGGCGCCCUCCGCAGGCGUCGGGCCCCGAGCGCCCAGGGGGCCCCCACGCGGGCCGGCUGCCGCCCCCGCGCCCCGGAAGUCCGCGAACUUCGCUCCGCUCAGCGGCCGCCCGGGCCCGCCCGGGGCGCGCAGGGCCGGAGCGCGGACGAUCGCUGUCCAGCCCCGCGGGCGGCGCCGCCCGGGCCCCGCGGCUGACUCAGCCCGGCCGGCCGCGCUCCGCGGCGCCUUCCGGCGGGAGGGAGCGGCCGGGUGGGGGUGGGAGCCGGCGGGGCCGCCGAGGGGCCGGGGGCCGGGGGCCGGGGCAGCUUCAGGACCGGCGCCCCGUCCGCGCUGGGGCCCCGAGAGCAGCGCGCGCUGCGCGGGGCGGCGGCGGCGGCGGCGGGGGUGGCGGCCGCCUCGGCCGGGGCGGGGGUCCCCGCCGACGCCCCCCCCCCCCGGCCCAGCCCCCGGGCAGCCGCGCUGUAACCCGACCCCGCGCGGCCGCCCGCCCCCGCCCGGCGCGGCCGCCGCCGGAGCCUCGGUAUCUGCAGAUCAGCCCUGGACAGCGCCUCGCUCCGCGUCCGCCCGCGCCCUCCCCCGCGCCGCCGCCCGGCCGGCCCUCCCCCCGCCCCGCGCGCGGCGCUCACCGGCCUCGCCUGGCCGCCGCCUGCGCCCGCUGCUCUUCUUUGUUGCCGGAGUUCCCAGGGAGGGGAGGGGACGAUGGAAAAGUUGGGCGCCGCGGCCGUCGAAAGAGCGAGGCUGCCUGCAGGCGUUGCUCAAGCCUCAGCCGGCCCUCGCGCUGCCUUCCCGGCCGCCGCCGCCGCCGGGGUCUGGGGCCCGGGGCCUCGGCGGCGCCUGCUCUGCUGCUGCUGCUGCUGCGCCGACAGCCCGCGGGAGCCGCACAUUCCAGCACAGGACGCCGCGCCGCGCACCCGGGCCGCGCCGCCGCCGCCGCCGCCGCCGCCGCCGCCCGCGGGACACGCCCCCUCCGCCGCCCCCGCCAGCAGGGCACGCCCCCUCCACCGCCCCCGCCCGCGGGACACGCCCCCUCCACCGCCCCGCCCGCGCGCGCCCGUGGGACCCGCCCCCGCCCGCAGGACACGCCCCCUCCACCGCCCCGCCCGCGCGCGCCCGACACGCCCCCUCCGCCGCCCGCCCGCGGGCGCGCCCCGCCCCGCCUGCGCGGGGAGCGCGAGCGCCCGGGCCCGGGCGGGGGCGCGCCCGCGGGCCGGAGCGCGGGACCUGGCCCUCCCGGUGCCUCACGCCGGCCCUCGCGGUCGCGGGGCAGGCGGGUCCCGCUGUGUCUCGCCGUCUCUACAUAA